AUGGGGAAGCGAGUGAGAAAGGAUGGAAAGAAUGCCCUAACGAAGACCAAAGCUGCUGGAACCCUCAAGAAACAGUCUGAUUCGGGCUCUGAUACCACCCCAUUGUUCCCUCCUCCUUCUCCUCCUGCUGCUGCUUCUAGCUACCUCCAUCUCAGGAGCAGGCGAGUCCUCAGGAAGCCACCGCCAAGAAUGGCUCAGCCUAAACAAAUCAGCUACGUGCUUGCCCUUCCAGCACAAUCACUGCCACCGCAAGGCCGAGAGAACACCAUGGACGACUCCGAUGACGACGACGAGAACACUAUGGCCACUGAUUCUGGCGACGUCGAGGUCGACGACAACAGCAAGACUGACUCUGAUGAUGAGAACACCAUGGCCGCUGAUUCUGACGACGUGGAGGUCGACGACAGCAGCAAGACUGAGUCUGAUGACGAGAACACCAUGGCCGCCGAGUCUGAAGAAGUCGAGGUCGACGACAACGCCAAGACUGGCUCUGGUGAUGAGAACACCAUGGUCGCCGAGUCUGAAGAUGUGGAGGUCGACGACAACAGCAAGACUGACUCUGGUGAUGAGAACACCAUGGCCGCCGAGUCUGAAGAUGUGGAGGUCGACGACAACGGCAAGACUGACUCUGGUGAUGAGAACACCAUGGCCGCCGAGUCUGAAGAUGUGGAGGUCGACGACAACGGCAAGACUGACUCUGGUGAUGAGAACACCAUGACCGCCGAGUCUGAAGAUGUGGAGGUCGAUGACAACAGCAAGACUGACUCUGGUGAUGAGAACACCAUGGCCGCCGAGUCUGAAGAUGUCGAGGUCGACGGAAACACCAAGGACGAUUCUGACGACCAGAACACCAAGACCACGGACACUGAAGACGUCGAUGUUGACGACAACACCAAGGCCGACGACGUGGAAACUCAUCCCGGGCCUGAACAAGACAUUUCUGCCCAGGAAGCUGACAAAUCUGCUUCACAGAAAGAAAAUGAGGGUUUGGUUCUUAACUCGCCUGUCAACCACCAGAGCAACAGCAAUAUGAAUCCUAGUGAAGAAGACAAGAAGGAUGUGAAGAAUGAAUCUCCCCCAAAGCCGAUGCCACAAGCCGUCACUGCCAUGUUUUCUACUGCAGAAGCUGAACACAAGAAGAAAAUUGAAGACUUCAUUAAGAAGUACAACUUUGAUCCAGUGAACGAUGAGCCGCUUGAAGGACGCUAUGAAUGGACUAAAAUCUCUCCGUAG